AUGGCUUACUAUGGAAAAAUUAACACGGGUCAGCGAGCCGCUGAGAUUUACCGAGCCGGAAUAAAAGCUAAUGAACUAAACCAAGAGGGUUCGCUUGUUUACGAAGGAAAAAAUUAUAACUUUAACGAACGAAAUAACCGAAUUAACAGAGCUAGAAACAAAGCCGAAGUAGAAGCGGAAACUGCCAGUAUUAAUAUUUUAGAUCCGAACAAAUUAACUGGUCCUCGUAAUAUCCGAAACCUCAAAGACGCCCAAGCGGCUCGUAAAAAUACCCUCGCCCCUCCUCAUAAAGAAGAACCUAAGGAAGAAGAACAAACAAAAGAAGUAAAUCCCCUUGCAUUGGAGGAUGAAGUAAGUAGUGACACUUCUGAAGAGGCUGAUAUUGACCAACCAGAAAGCAAACCUUGA